AUGCCGGAAGGAUGCUACUUGGGAGCCUCGUCUGUGCAGCAGGAAACCGCUGCUGUAACGUUUCACAAUCUUACGGAGGCCGAAACAAGUGUGAUGGAGCGUUACCUAGGUCUGAAGCAGGUACCCACAGCCUCACAAGUCCUCCAAAGGAAUCCAAAGUUCAAGUCACUCUUUGACCAACUUGGCUUUGGACCACAAGCAAGGGAAGCAACUGUUGUAGCUCUCAUAAAUAUCUCUGCAGAGUCUAAUCCUCAUUGCUUCGCUGCCCAACCACAGAGAUCGUUCUUGGAGAAUGACAAUGUUAUUGUCUUCAUGGAUGAAGACAUGGAGGUCCCAUACCCGGAUCAUAGGAGGCCACUUUACUUGGAGGGACAAAUCAACGAUGUGUUUAUAAGGAGAGCUUUGGUGGAUACGGGCUCUUCUGUCAACAUAUUGCCUCUAUCUGUGCUUGCACCAACUGGCAUCCCAUUAUCCAAACUUGUGCAGUCCCAAACAAGUAUCAGUGGAUUCGGGAAUAAAAGCGAGGUCACCAUUGGCUACAUACAGGUAAACUUGAAGGUGGGGCCGAUCCGGUCACUUACCAAGUUCUACGUGGUAGAUGUGGAUGUAGCUUAUCAUGCUUUACUUGGGAAGCCAUGGCUCAACAAACACAAACUCGUGGUUUCUACUUACCACCAAUGCGUGAAGGGGAGGAUUGGGCUGAGACCACUUCGCAUACUAGGGAAUCAAGCACCGUUCAACCAAAACGAAGCCCAUUAUUCAGAGGCGGAGUUCUACACCGAAUGCACAGGUGCUGGAAGCAACCCAUCUAAGGCUUUUGGAACUCACCUACCCUCUUGGACUGAAGUCCGUGAUCUUAGCAAAGAGGAACUCAUAACAAUUGUUGAUCGAGAAAGGAAGAGAUACUCGGAGGUCAGCAACCAUGCUUAUGAUCCACCGCAAUGCUCAAAAGUGACGUUGCCCGAUGGACGCACACCAAGAAGGAAUUUCCAUCCUGAAAUUGAAAAACAAAUCAAAGUGGAAGUUGAAAAACUACUAGCUGCUGGGUUCAUCAAACCAAUCAAGCAUCCAACGUGGCUAGCAAAUAUUGUCCCUGUGAAAAAGAAGACCGCUGUAAUUAGAGUGUGCACGGACUAUCGGGACCUCAACCGAGCAUGCCCGCAGGAUGAGCUCCCGCUACCCAACAUGGAUAUUUUGAUCGACUCAACCUCGGGGCCAGGUUUGUUGUCAUUCAUGGAUGGUUUUAGUGGCUACAAUCAGAUAAAGAUGUCACCCAAAGAUGCUGAAAAGACAGCUUUUCGAAUGCCAUACGGGAAUUUCUACUACACGGUCAUGCCGUUUGGCCUUAAAAAUGCCGGAGCCACUUACCAAAGGGCUAUGACAGCUGUGUUCCAUGACAUGAUGGGGAAGGAAGUCAAAGACUAUAUGGAUGAUCUUGUGGUGAAGUCAAAAACUAGAGAAGGCCAUCAAGAGGUGUUAAGGAAGGUGCUGGAAAGGUGCCGGCUGUACGGAUUAAAGAUGAACCCAAAGAAAUGA